AUGGAAGCUGGACAGUUUUUGAAACGAUGGAAGCGGGCCAAGUAUUCCGAUUCCCACAUGUCCUCUCUCAGAUUCAGGGAUCAACAGGGGUACAACGAUACUGCCAUCGCUAUCAGCGUUCAAGCUAAAACAGAAGAGAAGAAAGCAUUGCUGUCACCGUCACAUGGCAAGAAUUUGACUUGA